AUGCAGAAGAGUGUCUAUCCAUGCGUCUGCUGUUUAAAGGGAGGUGCUGGACAAUAUCCAUUUGGCUUGGAUUCUCUUGAGUUUCAGAACCGAAUCGUGGUCUGGACGACGUACCUAUUGGACGAGUCCAUUGCAACCCUCACGCUUGACGUCCUAUCAAAUCGCCUGGCCAACAUCAAGGACACGAGGGGGACGAUCGAUCCGAAGAGCCAGAUCACUGCUUUUUGGUCGCCGUUCCUUCUCCUCCACCUGGGUGGGCCUGACACCAUCACCGCGUAUGCCCUGGGGGACAAUAAGCUAUGGUUGAGGCAGUUGGCGCGGCUUUGCAUCCACGUAGGACUAGCUUGUUACAUCUACUUCAUGGUCUUGUCAAGGUCUGCACUGUCGAUUUUAGCAACUGGCGUGAUCCUGGUGGGGUUCAUCAAAUAUGCAGAGAGAACACUGUGCUUGCACCUGGCAAGCGAAGGCCGACUUCGAGAUUUGAUGCUUUCGCUUCCCGAUUUCGGUCCCAUAUACCCCAGGAUAAUGGAGCGAUACACUCUGAAGAAAGAGGAGGGUUACCGAGUCGGCAUUGACGAGGUCACGGAGGUUCAGGCUCUGGAGGAACUCUCAGUGAAUAGCUGUCAAGCCAUCGACAAAGAAAAGGACAGGACUCUGGUCAAAGCCUAUGAGUUGUUCAAGAUCUUCAAGCUUCUCUUCGUGGAUCUUAUCCUCAACUCUGGCGACCUGGAGGCCAGUAAGCGCAUGUUCAUGAAUAGUGCCAUGGACUCGACGGCGGCUUUUGGGAUCGUAGAGGUUGAGCUCGGGUUCAUGUAUGAUCUGCUCUACACUAAGGCACUGUUGCUGAACCUAGCUUGGGGCAUCAUUCGUUGGGUCAUUAAUAUAUCGGUGCUGUGUGCCGUGUCGGUAUUCUAUUCCUUACAGGAUAGGAAGGACUACCCCAAAGUCGACGUCCAUAUCACCUUCUUGCUGAUAAGAGCGGCCAUCCUUUUAGAGAUUUACUCGGGUCUUCUCGCAAUUUCAUCUGACUGGGUUGACCACUGGCGUCUUCAGAGAGCUGGCGGAUCCACAAUAACAACUGCCGUUGUUGGAAGAUAUGCGGCUAGACAAAAGGAUCAAAUUGAUUCUAAUCCGAUUUGCUCAGAUCAAUUAGGUUUAAAUCUAGAAUAG